GGAUAUCAAAACUCAAACACAAUUGUCGGUUUAUAUAUUAACAUUUGAUAACAAAAUAUUUAUACACCUACGUUUCACAGCGUUGGUUUCGAAGAAUUAACCAUGGUUUGGUAACAUACAGACUGUUAAUCAUGUAAAUAGUUAAAAAGGACCCCCACCCCCCAGAAAAAAAUAAAAAAAGGAAGGGGUAAAGAAAAGGAUAGAUUGUGGCUUUUCGCUAAUAGGUAUUUUGACAUAAGGUUUGUUUCUGUUUAUGAUUCUGUGUCAUCCCCGAUGUGCUAAAAAGAAAAGGAUGAGCUAGGACAGUGAUAGCGGAUAUCAACAUAUCCGGCAAUUUGACAGGCUUUAUGGGCCAUCAGAUUACUUGAACACUCAGCCAACCGGCGGGGGUUUAUCCGAAUUGGAACGGUGGAUUAAAGCAUUAUGACCCGAGACAUCAAAUUCUAUGGACACGAUGGACGUAGCCAAUUAAUCAACUCACUUUUUUGAGCUUUGUCGAAGGUGUAAUUGAUUGCUAUCGAGCUUGAAUAUCGUAGUAGCCUGUGUCGUCUGGUAGUAGAGUGUCGCAAACCUGGAAACUUUGCCAACAACCUCCGGUGCCAUUUACGUGGGUGGGAUUAUACAGUCAGAAUAUGAUUGAUAACAUCUAGAUUCUGCAACGUGAAAAGUGAACUUACAACGAUGGAUAAAUUAUUCCGAAUCAUAAUAAUUUCAUUUUCGAUGAACCAUAUCUUAUGUCAGUCCGAGAUGGCUGGGAAUGUAACAAUGAGUAACCAGACAGUAGAAACAUCAGCUACAACGCAGGAUAGUCAACAUGUUAACCCGACAGAUCCGUCUACAACCGCGACGAUUCCGAGUACGAGUACGAGCUUGAUCAGUGGCAUGAAUACGACAUCGAGUCCGAGCUCGUCAAGGGACGUGGUCACGACGACAGGAAAAAGCCAAACGAAAGCAACUGGUACGACUAUGAGUACCAGUACAAAAAAUACGAUUACGACAUCGAGUAAAAGUACGACCAAAACUACGAGCACUGCUAAGAUUACGACCCCUUCAGAAAGUGCUAGCUACUUAGGUCCAUUAUCAUCAUCGCACCCAUUCAGUUCUAAUUAUCAAGCUGGAAGUUCAGUUGAACCGUGUGUUAUUGACAAUGGUGGUUGUAUGGAUAUAUGCCUUCCCAUUGGCCUAGAUAGUUACGAGUGUGCCUGUUUGGAUGGAUAUAUCUUAGAUCCAGAUGGUUAUAAUUGCACAGAUAUUGAUGAGUGUGAACAGGAGGGGAUAUGUCGAGAAAAUGAGAUUUGUUUAAACAGACCGGGUUUCCACGUGUGUAUGUGUAACAGCGGAUACUCGCCAGUCGGCCAUGAAGGAUAUUGUGAAGCUAUUGAUGAGUGUUUUGAGAACCCUGAUAUCUGUGGUAUUGGUGGUGACUGCGUCAAUGUGAUCGGUGAUUACCAGUGUCACUGUCGAACGGGAUUCCUCUCAUUCUUAGGAGAUGGAAACUGUGAAGACGUGGAUGAAUGUGAAUUCACCGAACUUCUUCACAUUCUGUGUGGACCUAAUGCUAUAUGUCUGAACACACCCGGGUCCUAUGAUUGCAGGUGUUUAGAAGGCUAUGAGCUGGAUGAAAAUGGUUUCUGUGUAGAUUUCAAUGAAUGUGAGGUGGAAAACUUCUGCGGAGAGGGCGCCACCUGCGAGAAUAGUGAGGGAUCGUAUCUCUGCGUAUGUCACGACGGGUAUGAGGAGACAGUAGAAGGAUGUGGAGAUAUUGAUGAGUGUGUUUUAGAGAACAUAUGCCCUGGGAUCUCUCUAUGUGUCAAUCUACUAGGCAGUUUUAUGUGUGUCUGCCCAUCAGGGUACGAAGGCAACGUCACUAAUUGCCAAGAUAUCGACGAGUGUGGCACUGCUCAACACGAUUGCCAUAAAUUUGCUAGAUGUGGAAACAUCAUUGGUUCAUUCUUCUGUCAAUGUUAUGCUGGUUUCCAUGGUAAUGGAAAACAGUGCGAUGAUGCUGAUGAAUGUGCCAUUGACAAUGGAGGUUGUGAGCAUAUCUGUACCAAUGCACCUGGUACCUAUAACUGCGAGUGUCGAAGAGGAUAUGACGUAGAUAGAUACGACCAUUCACAAUGUUUAGAUAAGAAUGAAUGCGAGCUCAACAACAAUCUCUGCCAGCAACAUUGUGUCAAUACCGAUGGUUCGUACAGAUGUUCCUGCGAUGUCGGAUACCAGCUUCAUUCAGAUCGAUCGUCAUGCAUUGACAUCAACGAAUGUAACAUUAACAAUGGAGGAUGUGAGGAAGUUUGCAUCAACUCACCCGGAACUUACCGUUGCGACUGUGGUCCCACCAGUGUCAUAUCACCAUCUAGUUCAUCAAGCUGUGUUGCCAUAACAACGUGUGAACAAAAGCAGGGUGGUUGCGAUCAGGUCUGUCGCUUUGACCAACUAGGAAUCCAGUGCUCAUGCGGACCAGGUUACGUACUUAAUGAAGACAGACGAACAUGUGAUGAUCUUAACGAGUGUGCCGAUGCAAACGGAGGCUGCGAACACAAUUGCGUGAAUACAGAAGGAAGUUACCACUGUACAUGUAGGAAUGGAUAUAUGGUCAGGCCAAGAAACCGAUACAGGUGUGAGGCCAUCUGUGACCCUCCCUGUUUGAACUAUGGGAGAUGUACGGGACCAAACAAUUGUGUCUGCCCUGUAGGGUAUGGAGGAUCAACGUGUACUCCUACAUGUAACCCACCGUGUAUGCAUGGAGGGACCUGUCAGAGAUAUAACCAAUGCUCAUGUACAAGUCUCUAUACUGGAUCGUACUGCCAUCUACCUACUUGUGAACUACCAUGUAUGAACGGCGGUAAUUGCAUCGGACCAAACGAAUGUCAAUGCUCAGCAGGAUUCGAAGGAGAUCAGUGUCAAACACCUAAAUGUCAACCAGCUUGUGAAAAUAGAGGCAUAUGUUAUGCUUCCGAUACCUGUAUCUGUCGACCUGGAUUCUACGGACCUAGAUGCCAAUUUGAGCGUGCUCGAUGUACUAGACCCUGUCGAAAUGGAGGAACGUGUGUGGGGAUCAACAAGUGUAGCUGUACACCAGGAUAUCAUGGAUCAGUAUGUCAAUUAGUUGGUGAUGUCCAAUGCCGCCCUGCAUGUCAACAUGGAGGUACUUGCUUACCAAACAAUAGAUGUCGCUGUCCAUCUGGAACCACGGGAUUGAGAUGUGAGAAACGCAACUGUCCACUCCAAACAUUUUCUCAGACUUUACGACGUGGAUCAAGACGAUUCGUGAAGGAAAGCAAGCUUGAACCGUGUGGAACCUUUGGCUGGAGGACAUGCACAGUAUAUAGAACUGUGCAAAAGUACGUCUAUGAUACCAUGACCAGGGUCGGAUACAGAAUAUCAUGUUAACAACUUCAACGAGGAGAUAAAAGGUGAAGAUUGAUGACGCUCAACGCAUUGUUUGAAGAGAACGGGUUUUAAGUGAUGUAGCUGGAGAUUUGUGUCGUCCAAAAAGAGAUUAUUUCAAUGUUGUACGUCUCUUGUUUAAAAACUGACUUGUAUUCUGCUUUUGUGCUGCCAAUGGAGGACAAUAAUCAUCAAAACCCUGCUGGAAGAAUACAGUGUCAGACGGUGUAAUCGCAGUGUGAUUACAAUAUUAACCAUGUGAAUAUGUAUCUUACAUUUUAACAUGUUCACAUUCAAACUGUGGAUACCUCUAAAGUGUGAGUUUUCACAGUGUGUGUCAACAGAAUUGAUUUUUUUGAAAUGCUAACGUGCUCAAAUGUAACAAUGUGAAGAUGUUUUCACAUUGCGUUCCGCACUGUGAACACUCUUGGAUACGCUGAGACACUAUAUGUGUUUUCCAAUAGGGAUUAAAAUCUAAACUUAAAUUUGUCUUAUCUUCGAUCGAUUUAAAUUUAUCAUGAGACCAGACUCACCUUAUUGUAAGCUUCUCAGAAGUUUGAAGAUUGACUUCACUAUGGUGAAGGUGUGAUAACUUUAAAAUGGAUCGUUAUACAGAAUUAAAUCAUGCAAGACAGACAAAUAUAUGAAACAGUAUAUUCAGUAUGUUAUUUUUUACGUCUUUCCUGAGUAUACAUCGUUUCACGAACAUUUAGCGUCUCAUUUCUCAUCUCUCAUGUGUCAUGUUUUUUUACAUCAUGUGUAACCAAGCUAUUUUAUAUGUGCCAUUUUUAUGUUUUUAUAUUGUAUUCUUUUAUUUGACAAAUGAGAAAUAAAAACGCUUGUACUGAAUUAAUUCAUUGAUCGCUAACUAUAAUUUUGAAUAUGGACAGUGGGGUAUAGAAGUAGUGUCAGUAUCCUGACUGCUUGCAUAUGGAGAGUAAAUCAUAGGCAAUAAAGAAUGAAAAGUUCUGUUAAACUUCAGUAAAGCUAUAUUUUUACAGUAGUUUUUAUGUUUGUGUAAUCAAAUAAAAAUAAUGCUUCAUAUAAUUUCGAAACCAUCCUACACCUAAUUGAGAAGAUACAAUUAGAUAACUUAACGGACAUUAGCAAUGAUAGUUGUUUUUAAGCUUCUCAGAAGUUUGAAGAUUGACUUCACUAUGGUGAAGGUGUGAUAACUUUAAAAUGGAUCGUUAUACAGAAUUAAAUCAUGCAAGACAGACAAAUAUAUGAAACAGUAUAUUCAGUAUGUUAUUUUUUACGUCUUUCCUGAGUAUACAUCGUUUCACGAACAUUUAGCGUCUCAUUUCUCAUCUCUCAUGUGUCAUGUUUUUUUACAUCAUGUGUAACCAAGCUAUUUUAUAUGUGCCAUUUUUAUGUUUUUAUAUUGUAUUCUUUUAUUUGACAAAUGAGAAAUAAAAACGCUUGUACUGAAUUAAUUCAUUGAUCGCUAACUAUAAUUUUGAAUAUGGACAGUGGGGUAUAGAAGUAGUGUCAGUAUCCUGACUGCUUGCAUAUGGAGAGUAAAUCAUAGGCAAUAAAGAAUGAAAAGUUCUGUUAAACUUCAGUAAAGCUAUAUUUUUACAGUAGUUUUUAUGUUUGUGUAAUCAAAUAAAAAUAAUGCUUCAUAUAAUUUCGAAACCAUCCUACACCUAAUUGAGAAGAUACAAUUAGAUAACUUAACGGACAUUAGCAAUGAUAGUUGUUUUUAAGCUUCUCAGAAGUUUGAAGAUUGACUUCACUAUGGUGAAGGUGUGAUAACUUUAAAAUGGAUCGUUAUACAGAAUUAAAUCAUGCAAGACAGACAAAUAUAUGAAACAGUAUAUUCAGUAUGUUAUUUUUUACGUCUUUCCUGAGUAUACAUCGUUUCACGAACAUUUAGCGUCUCAUUUCUCAUCUCUCAUGUGUCAUGUUUUUUUACAUCAUGUGUAACCAAGCUAUUUUAUAUGUGCCAUUUUUAUGUUUUUAUAUUGUAUUCUUUUAUUUGACAAAUGAGAAAUAAAAACGCUUGUACUGAAUUAAUUCAUUGAUCGCUAACUAUAAUUUUGAAUAUGGACAGUGGGGUAUAGAAGUAGUGUCAGUAUCCUGACUGCUUGCAUAUGGAGAGUAAAUCAUAGGCAAUAAAGAAUGAAAAGUUCUGUUAAACUUCAGUAAA